AUGCUCAUAUAUUUCCAUCUAUCUAAUCUAUCUAUCUAUCUAUCUAUCUAUCUAUCUCUUCAUAUCUCUAUGUCUCUAUCGAUAUCUGUUCAUAUCUUUGUCUCUAUCUGUAUAUGCUCAUAUAUUUAUUUCCAUCUAUCUAUCUAUCUAUCUUCAUCUCUUCAUCUCUCUUUGUAUGUCUCUAUCGAUAUCUGUUCAUAUCUUUGUUCUAUCUGUAUACAUAUUUAUUUCCAUCUAUCUAUCUAUCUAUCUAUCUAUCUAUCUAUCUAUCUGUCAAAUUUAUAUAUCUCUUUGUAUGUCUCUAUCGAUAUCUAUAUCUUUGUCUCUAUCUGUAUAUGCUCAUAUAUUUAUUUCCAUCUAUCUAUCUAUCUAUCUAUCUCUCUAUCUGUCUCUUCAUAUCUCUCUUUGUAUGUCUCUAUCGAUAUAAAUUCAUAUCUUUGUCUCUAUCUGUAUAUGCUCAUAUAUUUAUUUCCAUCUAUCUAUCUAUCUAUCUAUCAUCUAUCUAUCUUCUCUCUCUAUCUCUUCAUAUUCUCUUUGUAUGUCUCUAUCGAUAACUGUUCAAUCUUUGUCUCUAUCUGUAUAUGCUCAUAUAUUUAUUUUUCUAUCUAUCUAUCUAUCUAUCUAUCUAUCUCUCUGUCUAUCUCUUCAUAUCUCUCUUUGUAUGUCUCUAAAUCUCUAUCUGUAUAUGCUCAUAUAUUUAUUUCCAUCUAUCUAUUCAUCUAUCUAAAUAUCUAUCUAUCUAUCUAUCUAUCUAUCUGUUAUCUCUUCAAAAGAAGUAUGUCUCUAUCGAUAAUACUUAUCUUUGUCUCUAUCUGUAUAUUCAUAUAUUUAUUUCCAUCUAUCUAUCUAUCUAUCUAUCUAUCUAUCUAUCUAUCUAUCUAUCUCUUCAUAUUUUUUUGUAUGUCUCUAUCGAUAUUCUUUGUCUCUAUCUGUAUUUGCUCAUUUAUUUAUUUCUAUCAAUCUAUCUAUCUAUCUAUCUAUCUAUCUAUCUAUCUAUUAUCUAUCUCUUCAUAUCUCCCACAUGUAUGUCUUUAUCGAUAUCUGUUCAUAUCUUUGUCUCUAUCUGUAUAUGCUCAAUAUUUAUUUCCAUCUAUCUAUCUAUCUAUCUGUCUAUCUAUCUAUUAUCUAUCUAUCUAUUAUCUAUCUAUCUUCAUCUCUCUUUCUCUUUGUAUGUCUCUAUCGAUAUCUGUUCAUAUCUUUGUCUCUAUCUGUAUAUGCUCAUAUAUUUAUUUCCAUCUAUCUAUCUAUCUAUCUAUCUAUCUAUCUAUCUAUCUCUCUCUAUCUAUCUUCCCCAUAUAUAUAUAUAUAUAUAUAUACUUCUAUCUAUUAUCAAGAUGCUGGAAAAUAGUGGGUUCCUUAUUAUUCAUAUGGUUGUCCAUCAUUCAAGGCCAAAAUGAAAACUCUGUCAUCUCUGGGCUGAAGUAA